AUGGUUGGAAGUGCGCUUGCUAUCCGGUCCAAGAUGGCUACGCCAUCAGUCAUGUCGUCGCUGUCGCGCAGGUCGCUCUCGACGCGCCCUCAUGCCCUUCGAUCCGCUCGUCCCUUGAGAUCCAGCGGUUUCUCCCAGCAGCCCGUUCAGCGCACCGCUCGCCGCUCGUACGCUGACGCCGCGCCCGCGCCGAAGCCCAAGAAAGGAUUCAGGUUCUUGCGCUGGGCCUGGCGCUUGACCUUGCUCUCCGGUCUCGGCCUCACCGGUUAUGUGGCGUAUAGCGUCUAUGAGCUCCGUCAUCCAAUUGAGCAGAUUGGACCCGACCCCAAGAAGAAGACCCUGGUGAUCCUCGGUACCGGCUGGGGCUCUGUUUCUCUUCUGAAGAAGCUGGAUACCGAGAACUACAAUGUCGUCGUCAUCUCCCCCCGCAACUACUUCCUUUUCACCCCUCUGUUGCCUUCCUGCACCACGGGUUUGGUCGAACAUCGCUCGAUUAUGGAGCCCAUCCGUAACAUCACGCGCCAGAAGAAUGCCUACGUCAAGUUCUACGAAGCCGAGGCGACCAAGAUUGACUAUGAGAAGCGUGUCGUGUACAUCAGUGACGACUCUGAAAUCAAGGGUGACAUCUCCAAGACUGAGGUGCCUUUCGAUAUGCUUGUUGUCGGUGUCGGUGCUGAGAAUGCAACCUUCGGUAUGCAUCAAGGGUGUCAAGGAGCACUCUUGCUUCCUGAAGGAGGUCGGCGAUGCCAGAAGAUCCGUACGCGUAUCAUGGACUGUGUCGAGACCGCUAUCUUCAAGGACCAGACUGAGGAUGAGAUCAAGCGUCUUUUGCACAUGGUUGUCGUCGGUGGUGGCCCCACUGGUGUGGAGUUCGCUGGUGAGAUCCAGGACUUCUUCGAGGAGGAUCUCAAGAAGUGGGUUCCGGAGAUCAAGGAGAACUUCAAGGUCACCCUCGUUGAGGCUCUUCCCAACGUGCUUCCCAUGUUCUCCAAGCAGUUGAUUGACUACACCGAGUCAACCUUCAAGGAGGAAGCUAUCACCAUCCGCACGAAGACCAUGGUCAAGAACGUGACUGAUAAGUACAUCGAGGCUGAGGUCACCAAGCCCGACGGAACCAAGGAGUUGGAAACCAUCCCCUACGGUCUCCUGGUUUGGGCUACCGGUAACGCCGUCCGCCCUGUUGUCCGGGACCUGAUGAGCCAGCUCCCCGCCCAGAAGAACUCGCGCCGUGGUCUUGCUGUUAACGAAUACCUUGUCGUCAAUGGCGCCGAGAACGUUUGGGCCGUCGGUGACUGCGCCAUCACCAACUAUGCCCCCACUGCUCAGGUUGCUGGUCAGGAGGGUGCUUUCCUUGCUCGUCUCUUCAACACUAUGGCUAAGACCGAGUCGAUCGAGGAUGACCUGAAGCAACUGUCGGAGGCUCAAGCACAGGCCAAGAGCCCCGAGGAGCGCAACCAGAUCUUCGAUGAGAUCCGCGAACGCCAGAAGCAAUUGCGCAGAACCAAGCAGAUUGGCCCCUUCCAGUACUCCCACCAGGGAAGUCUGGCUUACAUCGGAAAGGAGCGUGCGGUUGCAGACAUCAGCUGGCUGAGCGGCAACAUCGCAAGUGGUGGUACCAUGACCUAUCUCUUCUGGCGCAGUGCUUACCUGAGCAUGUGCUUCAGCACUCGUAACCGUGUCCUGGUCGCCGUCGACUGGGUCAAGGCCAAGAUGUUCGGCCGUGACGUCUCUCGGGAGUAAAUCAAUCUCUCGCAUAUAGAUUUGGAACCAACUGUACCACCAAAAACAGCAGAUAUGCUACGUCUAUGAUUUCGGAGCGAGAAUUCUU